AUGACGCACGUGGUCAUGUGCCGCUUCCUGCGCUUGGGCUGCAGCGAGGGCGAGCACCCGCUCUUCCGUCGCGAGUACGCCAGGAGCAACCGAGAGAAAGGGGUCAAGUUGCUGCGGUGCUUCCCGCACUGCUGUCCGGAGCACGUCAAACGCAGCUACUGCGGCUGCUCCGUGCACUUGCUCGUGACCUUCUCAGCAGACGUGAGCGAUGCCAAUGCUGCGCUGGACGAGGUGGUGGUGGCGACGCGGUUCGAGCCCUCGCAGGUGGCGCCGCUGUGGCCUGCAAGCCUGGCGGGUCUGUUCCGCGAUAUCGGCGCAGCGGGGGAUGACGACAGAUCCAGACACGACAAUGAGCGGAAGCUGGGUAUUGGGGAGACGGUUGAGCUCCCCGCGAGCUUGUUUGGACUUGAUGCAGCGUUACCGUCCAACAAGGGAGCCAUCUGGGUACGAGCGGAGAGGGAGAGCGACUCGAUGCAGCGCGCAUAUCCCAAGAAUACCGUUCUGUACGCCAUCAACAAGCGCCGGUUCCCCAAGUGGUUCUACAACUAUCACGGCAGCACCACGCGCACCCAGCGUGAAAUGACCCACCACCUCGUCGCCUACGUGUUCCACCGGAGCACUCCAGGGCAGUCGACAACCCAAAACGAUGGGGAUCCGCCGACUGCAGUCGUGUUGGCGCGGCACGCGUCGCCUGCCUUCAAGUUGGUGUCGUUUCGACGAUCGGGCGUCACUAGCAAUGAUGCUUGCUGCGAGUUGCCUGCGAUGAAUACCCCUCCACAAAUGUUUGACCUUUCUAGGGCUGCACACCAGCAGCAGCAGUACCAGCAGCAACGGCAACAGCGUGUCCAUGACGAACCUCAAUGGUAUCAGCAGCCCAACCCGCGUGAAGAUCCAAAGUACCCGUCAGACGUUAUUAGAGAGCGCUAUGCCUACGACAACAACGAGGAGAAGAGGAACCUCGGUAUUCCAUUCGUUCAUGGCAUUUUGGGCGUUGAUCCAAGAUCGUGCACGAGAGAACUUGGAUACCGUGAGAAGGGCCAGCAUCUUCUCAUCUUGUGGCAAUUCGUCAAGUACAUUUCACUCGAUGACAUCGGGAUCCGAGCUGACACCGUGGGCUCGUAUUUGAUGCGCACAGCAGCAGCCAGAUCGGACGUAGAUCUCGAGCAUAUAGCGGCCUCAAGCUUGAGCGAAAUCUUCGAUCGUGCCCACAGCAAUCGUGACCAGUCUCCGUUGCCUAUCUUUGGCAAAGCCUCACCGCCAUCAGCCACUGCACCAUCUCCAGACCCAGAGUGUGCUGUCAUCCGAGUGGUUGUGCGUCUCUUCUUGCGUGGAUUGUCUUCGUGGACUGUCAAGGAGCUUCUGUGUACAGCAUUCGGAAUGGGAAGCGCUUCGACAAGUAAAGAGAAGCUCCGCGAGCAGUUCACGUUGCUCGUCAACAGUCUGUACGACGUCCUGGACGAUACCCUGCGGGAAUUUGCGCGUGAUGACAGCGGUUCAACAUUCGGCAACCAAGACGUAUGCUUGCCUGCUCUCGCCGACGCUGUUCUGUCGCUCGUGUCCAGUCGAGCUCAAGUUCGGGAAUUUAUGAUAGUAACCGCGACUCCGCUUCCCGACAUGGUGCUGCAAGAGCGUACAGCGCGGAGGAUUGACAGAAGCGCUGCACUUCCGAAUCCGUUCUGCGGUCGGUGGGUGCUAGACCCGCAGUCGAUGCACGCUAUCAACGUCGCAUCGGAUCGAGUACAUGACGCACGCGGAAGUUUUCAGAUGACCGAUGCUGCCCAAUUCAUACGUGAGGUCGGAUGCAUCGAUAUCGAGGUAAACGUCUCAGUGCCGCGGCUUUCGGUCCAAUCGGUGCAUUCAUUUGCAACUGGAGCGUCCAAGACGGCGUCGUCGAUGCUCCUAGACGGUCGACUGCGCGUCUUCCGCGUGUUGCCCAGCGGUUUGUCGUCCAUGAUCGCGACGGCCGGUGGGUGGUCCAUCGGAGACUACGCUGGCGCAUUGUCAGACGAUGCGCAGUCGCUGAGCGUCGACUUCUUCGCGUUCGCGGAGGGGUAUCACCCUCAAUCUGGUGGCGAGAUAACGGUGGCCCGUCGAGUGAGUAUGACGCUGACGCUGGGGCAGGAAUACGGCGAGGCUGGAUCGGUGUCGACUAGAGGCGGUGGCGAAAGAGAGACGAGCAUACUCGUGCACGGGGUGGUUUACGGCUCUGCUCUGAAACCCGACACGGAAGCCUUGAACCCUGAUGCAGGCGACCCGAUCUCGGCGCGCAGGUUGUCCACCGCAUCAUGUGCCGAUCGAUCCGCCGUGUGGAGCGACUUGAGGUGGACGCCACUCAUCGAGAUGCAGGCAGACUACGUUGCCGUGGCACACGCGUAA